GCAUAUAAAGAAGCGAAGACCAACAACAACCAGACUGGACGGCCACCCCAAAGCAGUCCAUACUAUGAUUCGUUUGAUGAGGUUCUUGGUAUGUGGGCCGUUGUGACGAUGCCAAGAGUAAUCCAGAGUGGGCAAAUCAGAGAUUCCUCCUCUAGUUGGCAAGAUCCAUCCAAUGAUUCAGACGAAUCGGACCAGGAAUCCGACUCAGAAAUAAUGGGUGGGUCUGAUUCAGAAAGUUCACCAACUACAGUCGAGCAAUGCACAGCUAAACAAAAACAGUCUGAAAAAGGAAAACAAAAUAAAAAAGCAAAAAAAGGUAGAGUAACCACUGCAAGUGCAAUGAUAGACCUCACAGAAAAGCUGGUGGGGAUGCAAAACUCCCAAAUGAAAAUGAUGGAGAACAUGCAAAAGCGAACGGAAGAAUUACUUGUAAAGUUGGAAGCUGAUCAAUGA